AUGAGUUGCAUCAACCUGCCCACGGUGCUUCCCGGCUCCCCCGGCAAGAUGCGGGGGCAGAUUCAGGUGAUCCUCGGACCCAUGUUCUCAGGAAAAAGCACGGAGCUGAUGAGAAGAGUCCGCCGCUUCCAGAUCGCCCAGUACAAGUGCUUGGUGAUCAAAUACGCCAAAGACACACGUUACAGCAGCAAUUUCUCCACCCAUGACCGGAACACUAUGGAGGCACUGCCCGCCUGUAGGCUUCAAGAUGUGACCUCCGAUGCCCAAGAUGUGGCUGUCAUCGGCAUUGAUGAGGGCCAAUUCUUCCCAGACAUCGUGGAGUUCUGCGAGGCCAGGGCCAACGAAGGGAAGACGGUGAUUGUGGCUGCCCUGGAUGGCACCUUUCAGAGAAAGGCUUUCGGGAACAUUCUGAAUUUGGUGCCACUGGCAGAGAGCGUGGUGAAGCUGACAGCCGUGUGCAUGCAGUGUUUCCGGGAAGCCUCGUACACCAAGCGCCUGGGUGUGGAGAAGGAGGUGGAGGUGAUCGGAGGAGCUGACAAGUACCACUCCGUGUGCCGACUCUGCUAUUUCAAGAAGGUGCCUGCCCUGCCAGACAAUAAAGAAAAUUGUCCUUGCCCGAUGCUGGAACAGGACAAUAAGGAGAAUUGCCCUUGCCCGACGCUGGGGUGGCCCAGUGAGCCCAAGGGCGUCAAGAAGCUCUUCGCACCCCACCAGGUUCUGCAGUGCAGUUUGGCCCACUGA